AUGAAACUGGAGCAGAGCAGGAAUGACACUGAGCUGACAGAGUUUAUUCUGCUGGGAUUCUCGGUAUCUCCAAAAGCACGAGUUCCCUUAUUCUUACUGUUCCUGCUUAUCUAUUUGACCAUUGUAUUGGGAAAUAUCAGCAUGUUAAUUGUCAUUAAAAUAGACUCCAGACUUCAUACACCUAUGUAUUUCUUUCUUCAAAAUUUAUCUUAUUUAGAUCUCUGCUAUUCCACAGUCAUUGCACCCAAAACUCUAGCUACUUUUUUCUCCAAGGACAAGAAAAUUUCAUACAAUGAGUGUGCAACACAGUUCUUUUUCUUUGCUCUUUUUGUUGGGACAGAAGGUUUCCUCCUGGCCGUGAUGGCAUAUGACCGCUUCUCAGCCAUCUGCUCACCUUUUCUGUACACUAUACGCAUGUCUCAGUCGGCUUGUAUUCGUUUGGUGGCUGGCUCCUAUAUCUGUGGAUGCAUAAACUCCAUGAUACAAACAGGAUUCACCUUCAGCUUGCGUUUCUGUGGAGAAAACAGGCUGGACCACUUUUUCUGUGAUGUCCCAGCUCUGAUUAAGAUCUCCUGUGUUGACACCUUUGUGAAUGAGAUUGUACUGUUUAUUCUCUCUGCUCUCAUAAUCAUCUCCACCACAACCAUCAUUCUGGUUUCCUAUGGGUACAUUCUUUCCACUGUCCUGAAGAUCCCCUCCACCCACGGCAGGAGUAAGACCUUCUCCACUUGUAGCUCUCAUAUCAUUGUGGUGAGUUUAUUCUAUGGAACUGUGUUCUUCAUGUAUGCCCAGCCUGGGUCCAUCUCCUCACCAGAGAAAAAUAAGAUCGUGGCUGUGUUCUACACCCUUAUCAUCCCAAUGCUGAAUCCUCUGAUUUAUAGCUUAAGAAAUACAGAGGUAAAAAAUGCUGUGAAGAAGAUAUUACUAAGAAAAAUGCCUUGGCAUUGA